UCAAGCAAUCCCCCUGCCUUAGCCUCCCAAAGUGCUGAGAUUACAGCCGUGGGCCACCACGCCCGGCCUGAAACCAAUUGCCUUUGAAUUCAUCCUGGGGAAUCUGCUGAAGUGGACACUUUAUGUAAACACAAAAACAUCCUAAUGAAUGGCUGCCUCAGUAGGAGUGGCAGAAAAAACACAUGGUGCACUUUUCAUCAAAAACAUGCAAGGAAAAAAAUUUUCAUCAUAUCUUUUGUAGUUGCUAAUAAACUUAAUUCACGCACUUGUGUUUUUUUGUGGGUGUUUUUUUUUUUUUUUUUUUUUUGUACAAUUCUUAGUACCACAAAGAGGAAGUGCUUUUUCUCCUUCCUUUAAGAAAAAGUUCCAGUUCAAACCAUCAGCCUCUGUAGGUUGUCUUAAUUGCUACUUUGCACUGCACUGGACUAUGACUGAUUUUUGGCACAUGCUAUCAUACACAAAGUUCCUAAAAUAAAAUGCUCCAGGAUAUCCUAGGAACUCUUAGAAGGCUUUAAAAAGGGACUCACACACUGAAAGAAUAUCUUUGAUGAAGACAAUUCAGGCAAGCAGAAUGAUUCUUGCAACAGAAUUACAUGAUUAAUUGAGAACCUGAAGUGGGUCCGGUGAAUCCUGGCCACCUAACUUAUCAUGAUUUGGGGGAGUUUCACGAGAAUCCAGUUUUGAUAAAACAAUUGUUUUUUCCUCCCCAAGUGACUAUACAUUUAAAUAGCUAAAACAUCUGUUCAGCAACAUAGUAAAACAUGUAUACUCGGAACGCUUGAGAGAAAAGCCUGCCAAACAAUCGGUUGAGAGAGAGUUUGCUGAGGGAGAGCACCAAGAUAAAGCAACGUUGUUUGUUUUGUCUAGUCAGGGGGAAAGCCAAGGCAACCAAUAUUUUGGUUUUUAUAAUUUUCAUUUGUGAAGAAUUAUUUGAGAAAGGGUGGCGAGGGGAGAUUUCCUGACGGGAGUUUUUUAAGCUGUCCAUUAGUAGAAGAGCAAGAGAGCCUUGGAUGUCAACGCCUCGCUCUUGAGACCAGCCACCAAACCACGAAAAGUGACUUUCCUCUCGUGUGCUCUCUACGGCCCUUCUGAUGGAAGCAGAAACAGGGAGCAGUGUGGAGACUGGAAAGAAGGCCAACAGAGGCACUCGAAUUGCCCUGGUUGUGUUUGUCGGUGGCACCCUAGUUCUGGGCACGAUCUUGUUUCUAGUGAGUCAAGGUCUCUUAAGUCUCCAAGCUAAACAGGAGUACUGCCUGAAGCCAGAAUGCAUCGAAGCUGCUGCUGCUAUCUUAAGUAAAGUAAAUCUGUCUGUGGAUCCUUGUGAUAAUUUCUUCCGGUUCGCUUGUGAUGGCUGGAUAAGCGAUAAUCCAAUUCCCGAAGAUAUGCCAAGCUAUGGGGUUUAUCCUUGGCUGAGACAUAAUGUUGACCUCAAGUUGAAGGAACUUUUGGAGAAAUCGAUCAGUAGAAGGCGGGACACGGAAGCCAUACAGAAAGCCAAAAUCCUUUAUUCAUCCUGCAUGAAUGAGAAAGCGAUUGAAAAAGCAGAUGCCAGGCCACUGCUACACAUCCUACGGCAUUCACCUUUCCGCUGGCCCGUGCUUGAAUCUAACAUUGGCCCUGAAGGGGUUUGGUCAGAGAGAAAGUUCAGCCUUCUGCAGACACUUGCAACGUUUCGUGGUCAAUACAGCAAUUCUGUGUUCAUCCGUUUGUAUGUGUCCCCUGAUGACAAGUCAUCCAAUGAACAUAUCUUGAAGCUGGACCAAGCAACACUCUCCCUAGCCGUGAGGGAAGACUAUCUUGAUAACAGUACAGAAGCCAAGUCUUAUCGGGACGCCCUUUACAAGUUCAUGGUGGAUACUGCCGUGCUUUUAGGAGCUAACAGUUCCAGAGCAGAGCAUGACAUGAAGUCAGUGCUUAGAUUGGAAAUUAAGAUAGCUGAGAUAAUGAUUCCUCAUGAAAACCGAACCAGUGAGGCCAUGUACAACAAAAUGAACAUUUCUGAACUGAGUGCCAUGAUUCCCCAGUUUGACUGGCUGGGCUACAUCAAGAAGGUCAUUGACACCAGACUCUACCCCCACCUGAAAGACAUCAGCCCCUCCGAGAAUGUGGUGGUCCGCGUCCCGCAGUACUUUAAAGAUUUGUUUAGGAUAUUAGGGUCCGAGAGAAAGAAGACCAUUGCCAACUAUUUGGUGUGGAGAAUGGUUUAUUCCAGAAUUCCAAACCUUAGCAGGCGCUUUCAGUAUAGAUGGCUGGAAUUCUCAAGGGUAAUCCAGGGGACCACAACUUUGCUGCCUCAGUGGGACAAAUGUGUAAACUUUAUUGAAAGUGCCCUCCCUUAUGUUGUUGGAAAGAUGUUUGUAGAUGUGCACUUCCAGGAAGAUAAGAAGGAAAUGAUGGAGGAAUUGAUUGAGGGCGUUCGCUGGGCCUUUAUUGACAUGCUAGAGAAAGAAAAUGAGUGGAUGGAUGCAGGAACGAAAAGGAAAGCCAAAGAAAAGGCGAGAGCUGUUUUGGCAAAAGUUGGCUAUCCAGACUUUAUAAUGAAUGAUACUCAUGUUAAUGAAGACCUCAAAGCAAUCAAGUUUUCAGAAUCCGACUACUUUGGCAACGUCCUACAAACUCGCAAGUAUUUAGCACAGUCUGAUUUCUUCUGGCUAAGAAAAGCCGUUCCAAAAACAGAGUGGUUUACAAAUCCAACGACCGUCAAUGCCUUCUACAGUGCAUCCACCAACCAGAUCCGAUUUCCAGCAGGAGAGCUCCAGAAGCCUUUCUUUUGGGGAACAGAAUAUCCUCGAUCUCUGAGUUAUGGUGCUAUAGGAGUAAUUGUUGGACAUGAAUUUACACAUGGAUUUGAUAAUAAUGGUAGAAAAUAUGAUAAAAAUGGAAACCUGGAUCCUUGGUGGUCUACUGAAUCAGAAGAAAAGUUUAAGGAAAAAACAAAGUGCAUGAUUAACCAGUAUAGCAACUAUUAUUGGAAGAAAGCUGGCUUAAAUGUCAAGGGGAAGAGGACCCUGGGAGAAAAUAUUGCUGAUAAUGGAGGCCUGCGGGAAGCUUUUAGGGCUUACAGGAAAUGGAUAAAUGACAGAAGGCAGGGAGUUGAGGAACCUCUUCUACCAGGCAUCACAUUCACCAACAACCAGCUCUUCUUCCUGAGUUAUGCUCAUGUGAGGUGCAAUUCCUACAGACCAGAAGCUGCCCGAGAACAAGUCCAAAUUGGUGCUCACAGUCCCCCUCAGUUUAGGGUCAAUGGUGCAAUUAGUAACUUUGAAGAAUUCCAGAAAGCGUUUAACUGUCCACCCAAUUCCACGAUGAACAGAGGCAUGGACUCCUGCCGACUCUGGUAGCUGCGACGCUGGUUUGUGGCAUCCUGAGACAGUUGCACAGUGCCAGCAGAGGCUGCACUGAGCCUUCAUCGCCCAUUGCUUUAGGCCUGGAGACUUUCAUUUUUAGUGCAUUUUCAUUAUUUGGGUAGGUGACCUGCUUGGAUCUAGACAGUAUCUGUUCAAAGUUGUAGAGCUUAUAACAUGGAAUACAAGCAUGAACCAAGUAUGUUUUUUUAGAAAAUCAAACCAACAAAAAUAAAUCCCUAGGCUACUUUUGUUAAAAUGCUAUCUGCUAAAUUGUUGCUAUUGUCCAUUUUAGUGUGUUAGCCACAGUUAUGUGGUACAUACCAUUUCAAUCUAUAGCUUUGAGGGAAGCCUAAAUUGAUGUAUCCAUUAAAAGUUCAAUCUAUUAAACUUGUAGCCUCUC